AUGCCUGGCAUCGAUCCCCAGAUCAUCUGCCAUCGCUUACACGUCAACCCAGCCAUCAAACCUGUAGCGCAGAAGAGACGUAACUUCGCCCCCGAGCGGGUUGCCAUCAUUGAAACCGAGAUCGAUAAGCUUCUAGCUGCUGGUUUCAUCGAAGAAGUCUCCUACGCAGAAUGGCUGGCGAACAUUGUUCUAGUGGCAAAAAAAGAUAAAGGUCUGUGGAGAGUGUGCGUCGACUACACCGACCUCAACAAGGCAUGCCCUAAAGACAACUUUCCACUGCCUAGAAUUGAUCAGCUCGUCGAUUCAACUUCCGACGGAGCAUCAAAUCAUAAAGGAUCAGGGGCAGGCGUCGUCAUAACCACCCCAGAUGGAACCUUGUUGGAACAAGCCAUCACACUAGGCUUUUCUGCUUCAAACAACGAGGCAGAAUAUGAGGCAUUGCUCGCAGGAUUGUGCCUAGCAAAAGAACUGACGAUCAAGAGAUUAGCCAUCUACUCAGACUCCCAACUGAUCACGAAUCAAGCCUCAGGCGAGUAUAUGGCAAAGCAUCCAAGAAUGAUCCAGUACCUCGACAAAGUCCAAGGACUUCUGAAAGAAUUUCCUACUUUCACCAUCCAACAAGUUCCACGGACAGAGAACACUCAUGCAGAUGCGUUGGCAAGCCUAGGAUCAUCACUGGACACCCAAUUCAGACGCUCCAUCCUAGUUGAACACCUUGACCGACCAAGCAUCGAAGAAAUAGAGCCAAUCGACUCAAUGCAGAUCGAUGAAGACCCCAGCUGGCAAGACCCCAUCAUCGACUACCUAGUGAAUGGAAAUCUGCCAACGGAUAAGUCCGAAGCUAGGAAGGUCCAACAGAAAGCCGCGAGAUAUUACAUGCAGGGCGACAAGCUCAUUCGCAGAUCAUACUCCGGCCCUCAUCUCACUUGCAUAAAGUACCCUCAAACACUUGAGGUCCUUUGCAAAAUUCAUGACGGCGAGUGUGGCAACCACUCUGGGGGCAGGUCACUCGCCCAGAAGGCUCUAAACGUAGGCUAUUUCUGGCCUACUAUGCGCCAUGACUCUACUGAAUAUGUCAAAAGAUGUGAUCGCUGCCAACGGUACAAACCAGUUCCUAGUCUGCCUGCCGAAAUCUACCAUCCGCAGAACAGUCCGUGGCCAUUCAUGCAAUGGGCCAUCGACUUGAUCACUGCCUUCUACAAAAAGUACGGCAUCAAGCAGCAUUUAUCUACCCCAAGAUAUCCUCAAGGCAACGGCCAGGCCGAGGCAUCCAAUAAAAUAAUAUUGGACUGUCUAAAGAAGAGAUUAGAAGGCGCCGAAGGAAAAUGGGUAGAUGAGCUCCCUGGCGUACUAUGGGCUUAUCGCACCACCAAGCGAAGAUCAACUGGCGAAACCCCGUUUUCCCUCGCCUAUGGAACUGAAGCGAUCAUUCCUCCUCACAUCACUGUCCCUUCUAUAGGCAUCGAAGUGGGCAGUAUUGAGCAGAACUCCGAGCAGAUGAGACUCAACCUUGACUUACUUGAAGGCGAGCGCGAGAAGGCCAUUGUCCGAGUCGCCUCCUAUCAACAGCGGUUGAAGUCUUACUACGACAAAAGAGCCAAGAUCAGACAAUUUCAACCAGGCGACCUUGUCCUAAGAAAGGCCUUCAUCACUGCACAAAGACAAGGAUCUAAAAAGAUGAAACCCAAUUGGGAAGGCCCUUACAUAAUCAGCCGGUCCGGGGGCAGAGGAAGCUAUACGCUUGACACCAUGGAAGGGAAGGAGAUUCCGCGACAAUGGAACGCCUACCAUCUCCAAAGAUAUUAUCCAUGA